CAGAGAUUUCUUCUCAGCAGCACCCUCCUUCGCUCGUUCGUUCACUCCUUCUCUCCCUCUCUCUUUCCCAGCCCAAGGACACGAGGGGUUCUCAGCAGAACUGGCCGUCAGAAGUUCCACGGUGCUACGGAACGAUGCUGGGCUUUUUGCUGUGCGUCUGCCCCUUGCUUUUUCUCUCCGCGCACGGAAGCCCCGGAUCUUCGGGCCGCCGCUCUGCCCGCGCGCCAGCGGUCCGUGUGCGCCUGGCCGGUACCGGUCGAACUCAAAAUGAAGGGCGCGUUGAAGUCUUUUACAACAACACGUGGGGCACCGUCUGCGACGACGAGGUCGACAUUAAAUUGGCCAACGUCGUGUGUCGCGAGCUUGGUUUCCGAAACGGAAUCACCUGGGCACACAGCGCCAAGUACGGGGUAGGAGCGGGCCCGAUCUGGCUGGAUAACGUGCGCUGCUCGGGCACGGAGAGCUCGCUGACGGACUGCCGCUCCAACGGCUGGGGCGUGCACGACUGCCGGCACACGGAGGACCUGGGCGUGGUGUGCGGGGACGAGCAGCGCCUGGACGGCGGGCACCAGCACCAGAAGGUGAAGGCGCGGCCCGGGUACCACCGUGGGCACCCCAUCGCCCUGCGGCGGAACAGCAGCGCCACCCGCCAGUGGCGGGAGAACACCGCGCGGCUGGGCAACAGCGCCACCCUCAGGACGGGCAAUGACGUCUCGCACCUGGGCCCGCCCCUCAGGCAGCAGCUCUCCAACAGCCUGCACGGUCAGGCCGCCAGAAAGGUGAGGAUCGAGGAGGUGCGUCUGCGGCCCAUCCUGACCUCCACCAAGAAGCGCGCCCUGGUGACGGAGGGCGUGGUGGAGGUGAAGCACGCGGGCAGGUGGAGGCAGGUGUGCGACCUGGGCUGGAACCUCAACAGCAGCAGGGUGGUGUGCGGCAUGCUGGGAUUCCCGUCCGCCGCCCAGCACAACGCCAAGAUGUACAAAAAAAUAUGGGACUCAAAGAUCAAAGAUCCAGCCACCAGGUUGAGCAUCAUGGCCGGGAAGAAGGGAUUCUGGGUAGAGAAGGUGCACUGCCUGGGCACGGAGUUCAGCCUGGCGCAGUGCCACGCCCAGCUGUCCAUCCCGCGCAGCCCCGUCCCGUGCCGGAACGGGCGUCACGCCGUGGCCCGCUGCGUCCCCGGGCCCCAGUUCGCCCGAAUCUCCUCCGGCCGGCCCCAGGCCCCACACCCCGGGGUGCCGGUGGUGCGGUUGAAGGCAGGCCCGAGGCUGGGGGAGGGCCGUGUGGAGGUGCUGCGGGAGGGGAAGUGGGGGACCGUGUGCGACCACCUGUGGGACCUCACCUCCGCCAGCGUGGUGUGCAGGGAGCUGGGAUUCGGCACCGCCAGGGAGGCCCCGACCGGGGCCUACAUGGGACAAGGCACGGGCCCUAUCCACAUGAACUCGGUGCAGUGCCUGGGCACGGAGAGCUCCAUCAUGAACUGCUACUACCGUGAGGUCACCCCCAGGACCUGCAAACACGGCCAGGACGCCUCGGUCCGCUGCAAUGUGCCCAAAACAGGGCUGGAGAGCACGGUGCGUCUGGCCGGGGGGAGGCAGCCAGGCGAGGGCCGCGUGGAGGUGCUGAUGGACGUGGGGGGCCGGAAACGCUGGGGCGCGGUCUGCAGCGAAAACUGGGGCAUCAACGAGGCCAUGGUCGUCUGCCGGCAACUGGGCUUCGGCUUUGCAGCUCAAGCACACCAGGAGACCUGGUAUUGGCCCGGAGACCCAGGCGCCAGCGAGGUGCUCCUGAGCGGGACCCACUGCAUCGGGACGGAGCUGUCCAUCCAGCAGUGCCGCCGAAACGGCAACGUGUACUGCCCCCGGGGGGGCGCCGCCCGGUCCGCUGGGGUCACCUGUGCCGAGGCGGCUCCAGACCUGGUGAUGGACGCCCAGCUGGUGCAGGAGACGGCGUACCUGGAGGACCGCCCCCUGCACCUGCUUACCUGCGCCAACGAGGAGAACUGCCUGUCGUCGUCCGCCGCGCGCAUGCGCUGGCCGUACGGGCACCGCCGCCUCCUGCGCUUCUCCUCCCGCAUCCUCAACCUGGGCAAGGCCGACUUCCGCCCCAGGGCCGGCCGCGAGUCCUGGACCUGGCACCAGUGCCACAGGCACUACCACAGCAUCGAGGUGUUCACUCACUAUGACCUCCUGACCCUUAAUGGCACCAAGGUGGCUGAGGGACACAAGGCCAGCUUCUGCCUGGAGGACACCUACUGCCCAGAUGGAUUACUUAAACGCUACGCUUGCUACAACAUGGGGGAGCAGGGCAUCUCCGUGGGAUGCUGGGAUACCUACCGUCACGACAUCGACUGCCAGUGGGUCGACAUUACGGAUGUGAGACCAGGAGACUACAUCUUCCAGGUGGAGGUCAAUCCCUCGUUGGACAUGGCCGAGUCGGACUUCAUGAACAACGUCAUGCGCUGUCGCUGCAGAUACGACGGGGGCAGGGUCUACAUGUACGGCUGUCACGCAGGAGAUGCAUACAGUGCGGAGACUGAGGACCUGUUUGAGCACCAGCGCCAGAUCACCAACAACUUCAUCUAAGCGGACAGCAGGGGGCAGUGCUGGGACUCUCCAGGAUGGUUGCGGGUCGUGAGAGGUCUCUCCUCGGGCAGAGUGACUCCAUAAGAACACCACAGGAUGGCGACCCCCAGCAUCCCAGCAUGCAUUGCGCCACACCCCCAGCGGCUACACUCCCUAUGGGAACAGACUCACAUCCACCCAUGAGAGAACAUUGCGGGUGGAUCCCCCUGGCAACCAGAGGGACAGGCGUCAUCGUGGCGACAAGAUCACUUCACUUUCCAUGGCAACGGGUUUCAUUCCAAAUCACAAUCAAACUUGGGCUCCUAACGGGUUCACUAGAUGGUGUUUCCCCAAUUAAUAUUUACUUACCUACAGAUAUUUAAAGAGUGCCUGCUAUAGUUGAAUGACACCACAGGACAAAAAGCGACAAUUAUUAUAAAUUUAGCAAAAAGCAAAACUUUAUUUAUGAGGGCAGACUUAUGGAAAUAUAAUUUAAUUAAUGUGUGACGUAAACCCAUGUGUAGAUUAUGUAUUGAUAUCAUUAAAGUAUUACAGGCUGUUACAGACAGGGGGAGCCAUACUUGAAAAUGACUAGCUGGUCAUGGUCUUCUAUGGCAAGCACCCCUUGGAGACUGGUACAGGUACAUAUGGACAAAUGGCUGUGGUAGAGGGAGGUUGCUGGAUUUACUCCGGGCCUGGAUUUAUGAUUUUCAGUUAAUAUCAGGUAAAUCUAGAUAUUGGUGCAUUUUAGUUGAGGCGCUGUUAUGACAAAUUCAUACGCUCCCUUAAAGCCUAUUGUGUGUUGUUUUGUAUGAAAGUCUAAUAUUGUGGAAUUAGGUUUUACUAUUUGAAUUAGCUGUUUUUUGUGAUAUUGCACAUGAAUUGUCAUGUACAGUUCUAGGUAUUCACAAAACAUUCACUGGUAGGGCUGUAGUUGAUUUAAUCUCAAACCAAAAGGAUUUGGAAUUGGUGUCACAGAAAGUCAAAUUCAGUUGAUGCACUUUAUUUUUUAAACAACAGUAUUCCGACAGUUUGUUCAUAUUAUAAAUUUUUGCCCCAAAUCGUAUCCAGGUUUAUAGAUAAAACCAACCAAGUCAAAUAAGUAUUCAAAAGCUGGCGCUCUGUUCAUUUAAUGAAUCAUAUUUAAAGAUGUAUUUUUAUUACCAAACAUACUGUACACUGUAGCUUUUCUUUGCUCAGUUAUUGUGUGUAGAAAUGUCGCUUGGCAUUUUAUGUUUUAAGAUGCACAGCCUCAUUAUUGAAGAUAUAAAUGGAAUAUGAUGCAUCUCUAAUUAUUCUAUGCUAUGUAUGUGCUAUGAGUUAAUUUAUUUUAGGCCUGAAUGAAGAGUAUGCCUAUUUUAAGCAUAGUGUAUGAGAUUUCUUAUUUCUAAAUGAAAUUAAUAUACUGUAUAUGAAACACGUGAUUUAACAUCCACUCUUAAGCUGUUUGAAAAUGUGAUAUCAAUAUCAGUGCCUUCAGUGUGAUUAAAAGAAAGGAGUCCAAAUUAAAGCAACUGUCAAUUAGUUACCUCACCUCACCUGGUUUCUUGGGUUCAAACUGUCUGAUUUUAAAUGGAAAACAACCAGCCAAACCCCAAACUGGCUGAUUUUAAAGAGAAAACAACCAGCCAAACCCCAAACUGGCUGAUUUUAAAGGGAAAACAACCAGCCAAUCCCCAAGCUGUUUGAUUUUAAAGAGAAAGCAACCAUCCAAUACCCAAACUGGCUGUUCGUAAAGGGAAGGGUAUGGUGCAACUUAAAUAUUAAGUCAUGUCAGUUUAAGUCAUCAAAAUGUGAAAACAGGCAGGCCAGGAAAACCUCCAUUUCCCAGUGUGGAAAAGUAUGUAAAAACGUUGUGAUUAGGCUUCUACGGGCUGUGCAUUAGGAGACACAGACAGUGGCUUUUAUAGAGAGCGCCUGGAAUAUCACGUGUGCAUUUCUCUCUAUAAGACAGCUACUUGUCUGGCCCAAAAUACACAAAUUGUUAGUUAUUCGUUCUUUGUACAAUAAACAGUGCUGUUAUUGUAUAAUGUGGACCUUAAUAACCAUUGGACCAUACAUUAUUGCCCUUUAAUUAGACUGAUGAUUUGUUUACUGUAUGGUACUGUAAUCUCCUCUCCAAUCGCUGUGCUAGGCGCUCAGUAUGCCUUGUCCUCCUUCUGCGAGUGCUGAUCUCUUUGCCAAGGGCUUUGUGUUGCUGCAUUUUAUUACAUCGGGCCUCCUGUCCUGUCCUUUCUGAGGAAUCGGCUUUACUGUAACUGGCAGUGCCGCUGGAAAGUGAGCUUAGCUUUUGUGUGGCUCUUUUUAGUGAGGAACAAGGAAAGAAAGCGCGAGCAGCUUAAUUAACAACGCUUUGAGUCAGGCGUGUUAAGCUCUCCGGCCCACACCUGUUGGCAUCCCCUCCUGGGGGCCUGACCCGUAGACCAGUUCACCAUCUACAGCGAGUUCUGGAGCGCGGUGGUGUUCAGCAAACAGCGCAUGACAUCGUAAAUGAACACACCUUCCGCGAAUGAGGAAGCGCAACAGAACGCUAGAUGGAUGCUAGCGAUGUUAAAUCAUUUCCUAAACUUGACUAUCAAUUGCCAGCUUUUGUUUUUGUUUUUUUAAAUCGCAAGUGACCAUGGCAAUAUGAGUGAUAAUAAUGUACUUGUGCUAAAACGGUGCUCAUGUACAGCGGCUUGCAGUGUAUAGACAGGAGCUUGUAUGCCCGUAUGUCAUUGUGUACUACAUUAUGUUUUAUUUGUGGUCCUCAUCAACACAUUAUAUUUAUUUUGUUCUUGCCCUCAAUAACUACUUCAUGACAUCAUGUUACUGUAUGCACGUGCCAACCCUGUUGCCUUCUCUCUGACAGUCUGUCGUACGAUCUAAAGCUGUAAACACCAUCUUAUUCAUCUGUGUCUGAAACACGGACAGCUGGACAGCAGAGAGCAGCGGCUGCAGGUUUUUUUUUUUCGUUUUUUUUUUUUUUUUACCCGUGGGUGAAAUUCUACACACUCAGGGAUUUCAUAGAAAAGCUAGUUGUUCUUGCUCAUCGUCCUGUCAUUACAUCUUAUUCCGUCUUUCAGUGGUCAGCGUAAUGACCGAGUCCUCACAGGAAGUGGUUUCAUCGUAGUGAGCUCCCGCAACAAACACAGCCCAUCCACCGACGCCCACUGCCACAUCCCUGACCCGAUCGAAGCGUUGCUCGAUUCCACAUCACUCGAAAGUGGUGUUAUCAGUGUUUGUGGGGAGAAGCGUGUGAAGCGUUGCAUCUUCUGAAAGCGGGCCGCUUCGGUUCCUCUGUUCUUGUCAGUUGUUUGUGUGGCGACAGUGGCUGUUGGUGUACAGAGGGCGAUCAUUGAAGCGGUGUCCAUAGCUGACUGUAUUCUUUACUGUGAAUCAAUAAAAUCACCCCAAACAAACCCAA